CAAUUGGCAGAUGGCUUGGAAGUUCCAGAUGGAACAUUGGAAUUUCCAGCUGGAUGGCUUCAAAAAUUUAAAAAACAUAAUGGAAUCCAUCAACAAAAGCUUCAUGGAGAUGUAUCAUCAGCUGAUCUGGAAGCCAUAAAUGAUGCCUUACCAUUAUUAAAAAGCAUAU